AUGACGAGACGCGUCUUUUGGCGGCGUGUUGUUUACGUGAUGUUUGCCGCACUCUUCCUUCUCGAGACUCCCAUGACUGGCGCACGACACCUGCGUUCGCUAGCGCAGCGUUCAUUAUUGAACGCUCGCUCUGGCGCCAGCUCAGGCAGCUCAAAAUCCACCACCCACUUCGGCUUCCAAGAAGUCGAGACAGACACAAAAGAGGACCUCGUACGCAGUGUCUUCAGCAGCGUCGCAGGAAAAUACGACCUCAUGAACGACGCCAUGUCUCUCGGCGUCCACCGUCUCUGGAAAGAUACUUUCGUUUCGACUCUCAAUCCCGGUCGGAAAGGUCCCUUGCGUUGUCUCGACGUCGCAGGUGGAACAGGAGACAUUGCUCUUCGUAUAUUGGAUCAUGCAAGGGAGAAACAUUAUGAUCGGGAGACUACUGUGGAGGUGUUGGAUAUUAAUCCAGAUAUGCUUGCGGAGGGGAGGAAGAGGUUUAAGCUGACGAUGUAUCAUAACACACCGCAAAUCUCAUUCCGCGAAGGAAAUGCACAAAAACUCGAUUUACCCUCGAACACGUAUGACCUCUACACAAUAGCUUUUGGGAUCCGUAACUGCACAUCUAUCCCGGACGUCCUGAAGGAGGCGCACCGAGUCCUCAAACCCGGAGGGACCUUUGCCUGCCUCGAAUUCAGUCAUGUUACAAACCCUCUCUUAUCCUCGGUAUACGACCAAUACUCCUUCUCCAUCCUUCCUCUCUUAGGAUCCAUCCUCGCCUCAGAUCGUGCAUCCUACCAAUAUCUCGUAGAAUCCAUCCGACGCUUCCCACCUCAAGAAGAAUUCGGACAGAUGAUCCGCGAUGCAGGAUUUGCAACGGGUGAUGACUUUGAAGGUAAAGGCGGUGCAUGGACAGAUCUUUGGGGAGGAAUAGCUAGUAUACACAAGGGUGUCAAGUUAUAG